GGCUCAAGCACUUUACAAUUUUGCCUAUCUUUGUAGUUCGGCACGCCAAUGCUUGCACGCACCAUUGUGAUCACGAUCUCGGCCCUUGCGGCUAGUCGUGCCCAUGAGGCCUGCGAAAACGGCGGCACGGAGUGCGCGGAUGUUUGGGAUGUUCAGGGUAUGCUGCAGCUCGCUUCACCAGCAAGCGCGCCAGCAGCAGGUUUUCCCAAAAGGAAGGGAACGAAGAAGAAACAUCCCAAGCAUUCAACACCAACGCCGAUCUCAAAGAAAAAGUUUACUCCAGAAGUAUGGGCGCCUAUUCAUGAAGCCGUCCGAGCACCUGUGCAACUGACCUGUGAGGGAGAGAGCUUCCUGUCGUGCUGGACUUUCUUCACGGCGUCUGAUCCUACCCAUGGGGAUGUAGAGUAUGUGUCGGAGGAGGAGGCAAAGAGUCUGGGUUUGUUCCAGGUCAACGAGGGCGUGGUCCAUCUUGGGAGCUUGGUGGGGCAGAACGGCCCUGCGAAGUCCAUCCGUCUGCAGUCGGCCAACCGCUUUGGCGAGAGCCACAUCUUUGUGAUUGAUAUCAAGCACAUGCCAACGGGCUUGGGGACCUGGCCUGCUUGGUGGUCCUAUGGUCCGGAUUGGCCCAACAACGGGGAGAUUGAUACCAUUGAGACGGUGAAUAUUGAAGAUCAGGCGCAGAGCACCUUGCAUACGAGCUAUGGCUGCAGAAUGCCCAUGGUUUCGGGGAUAUUUAAUCCCGAUUGCAACUCAGAGGAUGCUUACGAGGGAUGCGGCUUGUUUGGACCUUCCAACAGCGGAGGGCCACCCUUCAAUUCAGCCGGUGGUGGAGUGUUUGCAACGCAGUGGAUCAGCACAGGUAUCAAAAUGUGGUUUUGGAAACGGGCGGACAUUCCCUCGGAUAUCACGAGCGACUCACCAGAUUCAACAAGCUGGGGAGAACCCUACGUUUUCUUCCCUUUCGGUGACGACUGUCCUUCUUCACAUUUCAAAGACCAUGUCUUGACAAUCAACUUGGACUUUUGUGGAGACUGGGCCGGAAACGUGUUUCCUGGGGGACUGGCGAAGUGUGUGGAAUACAUCCAAGAUCCGGCCAACGCGGAUCAGCUGAAGGAUGCGUAUUGGGACAUCAACUAUGUGAAAGUAUUUGCCGCCGAAGCCACGAUGGGCGUUUCUUCAAGACCGGAUCAGACCGUCAACGCCAUUGCAGGCUGAAGGGCAUCAUUUUUGCAAGUUUGGCGCAUGCCGACAGUGGCAUUUAUUGCGGGGAGGAAGAGAAGAGAAGAGAAGAGAAGGCUUAUGUUGAUCGAGUGUAGUGUAUAGGGAUUUAAUUGUCGCCGCAAAUGCCACCUGUCUCUUAGUGCUUGAACAUCCUUG